GGGCGGGGCCUUUGGCGGAACCUGGCUCCGGGGCUCCUCUCGCCUUCUCUCCCCUUUUGCCUUCGCCCUUCGAGCCGCCACGUAAUGCCACGUCCCCGCGCAUGCGCAUCUCGGCCCGUGGUGGCGGCUGUUUCCGGCCUUCGGGGGCUGGAGCGGCCGCAGAGCAGGCGACCGAGGUGGCGGCGGCCGGGGAGCGCCGAGUGAGGGCUUGGGGGCCUAGCCCUGCGGAUGCCGGGGGAAGUGGGCUUCUUUCCUUUCCGUGAGGAGCCGGUCAAGCCGGUCGCGUAGCUGCAAGAUGAAUUUCCUCCGCGGGGUCAUGGGGGGUCAGAGUGCGGGACCCCAGCACACAGAAGCUGAGACGAUUCAAAAGCUUUGUGACAGAGUAGCUUCAUCUACUUUAUUGGAUGAUCGAAGAAAUGCUGUGCGUGCUCUCAAAUCAUUAUCUAAGAAAUACCGCUUGGAAGUAGGUAUCCAAGCUAUGGAACAUCUUAUCCAUGUUUUACAAACGGAUCGUUCGGAUUCUGAAAUAAUAGGUUAUGCUUUGGACACACUAUAUAAUAUAAUAUCUAAUGAUGAAGAAGAAGAAGUAGAAGAAAAUUCCACAAGACAGAGUGAGGAUUUGGGAAGCCAGUUUACAGAAAUUUUCAUUAAGCAGCAAGAAAAUGUCACUCUUCUCUUAUCUUUAUUGGAGGAGUUUGAUUUCCACGUCCGCUGGCCUGGUGUGAAGCUCCUGACUUCUCUUUUAAAACAGCUGGGGCCUCAGGUGCAACAAAUUAUUUUAGUUAGUCCCAUGGGUGUGUCAAGAUUGAUGGACUUGUUAGCAGAUUCCAGGGAAGUUAUACGUAAUGAUGGUGUCUUACUACUACAGGCACUAACAAGAAGCAAUGGAGCAAUCCAGAAAAUUGUUGCUUUUGAAAAUGCAUUUGAGAGACUACUGGACAUUAUUACAGAAGAGGGGAACAGUGAUGGAGGUAUAGUAGUAGAAGAUUGUUUGAUUUUGCUCCAAAACUUGUUAAAAAACAACAAUUCCAAUCAAAAUUUUUUUAAAGAAGGCUCAUAUAUUCAGCGUAUGAAACCUUGGUUUGAAGUUGGAGAUGAAAAUUCUGGCUGGUCUGCACAGAAAGUGACCAAUCUACAUCUAAUGCUACAGCUUGUUCGUGUACUGGUGUCUCCCACCAACCCUCCUGGUGCUACCAGCAGCUGCCAGAAAGCCAUGUUCCAGUGCGGGUUACUGCAGCAGCUCUGUACCAUCCUGAUGGCUACCGGGGUUCCUGCCGACAUCCUGACGGAGACCAUAAAUACUGUAUCAGAAGUUAUUCGAGGCUGCCAAGUAAACCAAGACUACUUUGCAUCUGUAAAUGCACCUUCAAACCCACCAAGACCGGCAAUUGUGGUACUUCUCAUGUCCAUGGUUAAUGAAAGGCAGCCAUUUGUAUUGCGCUGUGCUGUUCUCUAUUGUUUCCAGUGUUUCUUAUAUAAAAACCAAAAAGGACAAGGAGAAAUUGUGUCAACACUUCUACCUUCCACCAUUGAUGCAACAGGUAAUUCGGUCUCAGCUGGUCAGUUGCUGUGUGGAGGUUUGUUUUCUACUGAUUCACUUUCAAACUGGUGUGCUGCGGUGGCCCUUGCUCAUGCUUUGCAAGAAAACGCUAUCCAGAAGGAACAGUUGCUCAGGGUUCAACUUGCUACAAGUAUCGGCAACCCGCCGGUUUCUUUACUACAGCAGUGCACCAACAUCCUUUCCCAGGGUGAUAAGAUCGACAGACGGGGAAGCAAAAUACAAACAAGAGUUGGAUUGUUAAUGUUGCUCUGUACCUGGCUAAGCAACUGUCCCAUUGCAGUGACGCAUUUUCUUCACAAUUCAGCCAAUGUUCCAUUUCUUACAGGACAAAUUGCAGAAAAUCUCGGAGAAGAAGAGCAGUUGGUCCAAGGCUUAUGUGCCCUUUUGUUGGGCAUUUCGAUUUACUUCAAUGAUAACUCACUUGAGAGCUGCACGAAAGAGAAACUGAAACAACUAAUAGAGAAGAGGAUUGGCAAAGAGAAUUUCAUAGAGAAACUAGGAUUUAUUAGCAAACAUGAGUUAUAUUCCAGAGCAUCUCAGAAACCUCAGCCAAACUUUCCCAGUCCAGAAUGUAUGAUAUUUGAUCAUGAGUUUACAAAGCUGGUAAAAGAACUUGAAGGUGUUAUAACUAAGGCUAUUUAUAAGUCCAGUGAAGAAGAUAAAAAAGAAGAAGAGGUGAAGAAAACACUAGAACAGCAUGACAAUAUUGUGUCUCACUACAAAAAUAUGAUUCGAGAGCAAGAUCUGCAACUUGAAGAAUUAAGGCAGCAGGUUUCUACAUUAAAAUGUCAAAAUGAACAGCUCCAGACAGCAGUCACACAGCAAGUAUCUCAGAUUCAGCAGCACAAGGAUCAGUAUAAUCUUCUUAAAGUACAGCUAGGAAAAGACAAUCAGCAUCAAGGUUCUUAUAGCGAUGGGGCUCAGAUGAAUGGCAUUCAGCUGGAAGAAAUUGGCAGGUUGCGAGAAGAAAUAGAAGAAUUAAAAAGUAAUCAGGAACUUUUACAGAGUCAGCUGAGUGAAAAGGACUCUUUCAUUAAAACUUUGAAAUCUUCCCAAACAUCUGGCAUGAAUGAACAGUCUUUAGCAACAGCUUCAGCUAGGGAUUCUGAACAAGUUGCAGAGUUAAAACAGGAACUGGCGACAUUAAAGUCUCAGUUAAACUCACAAUCUGUAGAGAUCACCAAACUACAGACAGAAAAGCAGGAGCUGUUACAGAAAACAGAAGCAUUUGCAGAAUCAGUCCCCCUACAAGGAGCCAGCGAGACUGUGAUAGCUGCUGAAACUACUGAUGUAGAAGGACGACUAUCAGCAUUAUUACAAGAGACUAAAGAAUUAAAGAAUGAAAUUAAAGCUCUGUCUGAGGAAAGAACUGCCAUUAAAGAACAGCUGGAUUCAUGUAACAGUACCGUUGCCAUUUUACAAAAUGAGAAGGACAAGCUAGAGUUGGAAAUUACGGAUUCCAAAAAAGAACAAGAUGAUCUCUUAGUGCUUUUGGCUGAACAAGAUCAGAAAAUAUUUUCAUUGAAGAGAAAACUCAAGGAUCUUGGUUAUCCAAUUGUAGAAGAGGAUGAACUUGAAUCUGGAGACCAAGAUGAGGAAGAUGAAAAUGAAGAUGCCGACAAGGACCAGGAUAGUAUCUAGCUUUAAAAUCUCUAGGAAUGAUAGAGAUUAUAUUGUAACCUUGAGGAUGGAAUCUUAAGACAGGACUUUGGUUUGCCUCCACAGAAAAUAAAGAUUUAGAAACCAAGUGGAAACGGUGAAUUAAGACCAUUGCUGUAUUUUUUAAAUGUUGCCACCCACGCUGAAAACCCUUGCGGAACUAUAUGCAGACAACAUAUGUUUUAUUCAAAUUCAUCUAAACUGUCCCAAAAUGUAAUUUGCAAAGAGCUUCAGACAUCAAAAAACAUGCCAUUUUAAGGCACGUGGUGGCCGUGCUGUUUACCUUAGUUCAUUGAUUAUUUACAUCUCAGAAUUUUGUGACUUUAAGUACUGACACAUUUGAUUGAAUGUGUAUUGAAUUGGAGUCAUCGCUCCUAAGUCCACAUUCGAGCUCUUAGCUGAUGAUUUUCUGUUAAAGAAAUGAGUUUACCUAAAAGCAAAAGCAAGGUAGCCUGGGCUGAGGGUUGAUGCCUAUCGUCAGCCCUCCAUCCAGUGUGACUCCGAGGGUGCGCGAGGGGACAGUGAGGGAUGAGUGCCUUGACACCUGCGUGGCGACGUCCCGCCUCCGUGGAGAAGCCGAGGUGCUGGCACACAGCGCGGCGCCGGGGAGGGCGGCUCUAGAAGCUUUUCAGCAGCGUGCUGACAGGGUUGGUUUUCUUUUUACUUUGAGCUAAACAUCUAAAACAGAUUAUAAGUUAACAGCUUAUGCAACUCAGAUGUAGUAUUGUCGAUUAUCAUAAAACAUAUUAUGUUCCUAGUUUUUAAACACCCAAACUAUGAUUUAUAUAAUUUAUUGGCAUUUUGCUGAAUAGGUUUAAGUCAGAUAAUAGAUUUUUAAGAAAGCAAAUGAAGCAAUGUGUCAAAAAUUUAAUGUUUCGUAAUAAAAGUAGAUAUUAUGUUCACUUAA